AUGCUCUCGAUACGUUGCUGGUCUCCUUCAACAUGCUUCAAUACAGUCCCUCCUCUUGGAGGUGCCUGUUGAUAUACUCGUCCUAGCGAUGCAACCUCCGUUCUUCCAGUUCUUCAGCUUGAUUUCGCGAUAGCUUCCUCCCCGAUGGCCACUCGCUCCUCGUCUCUGCCCCCCGGGGUUUCUUCUCCCCUGACCGAAGAAAACGAGCAUAAUCAUACCGGCCUGAUUGUCAUCAUCACGUCCCUGGGACUCUUUCUCGUCUUGGCGUCCCUCGGAAUCCGGAUGUUCGCAUCCUCGAAGCGAAGCAUUCUCUUACGUGAUGAUUAUGUUCUGUUUGUAGUUGUGGCAUGCGCCUGCGCGCAAGUGUCUUUGGUGCUGGUCCAAGUUCACUUUGGGUGGGGCCAGUCGAAAGAUAUACUUCGUUCUGCGGACUCCUCCUCUAUGCUCAAGGCCGGCUAUGCAGCAGACCUAUUGUAUGUGCUCAUCCUAGGGCUAUCGAAGAUAUGCACAAUGUUGUUCUACCAAAACCUCUCGUUGCCUCGGACCAAAUGGAUGAUCAAGUCUAUUCUGGUGGCAUGUACCUUGUGGACGCUUCUGGCAAUGCUCCUGUUAGCCAUUCGAUGCAGUAGCAAUCCUUGGGUCGACAUCGACCAUGAAUGUCCAGGCCUUCUGCCACGCUGGCGAGCAAUCAGUGCGCUCGACAUGAUCCUCGAAGCGUUCAUUCUGUCCUACCCGGUGGUGAUCAUCCUGAAUGUCCAGAUAUCCCCAAGGAAAAAGAUGAUAGUCUUGGGUAUUCUCAGCUUCCGCAAUAUACUGAUACCUCUCUCCGCUGUCCACUUGUAUCUCGUUCAGAGACAGAUCCGUUCGUCCGAUCCUACCCUCCUUGGAGCCUACGCCACCACUACCGCAGAGCUUCAUAUGAGCCUCAGCAUCGUACUCUUGACAAUAUCGUCUCUCAAGCUGUUUGUCGCGGUGUACGAAGACGACCAAGGCUUCGCCUACACAGAAGAAAUAUCAGGAUCUCACAGUAACAGUGGGCCAACAGCGCCCACGGCGUGGAAGUUGUCGCGCCACAUCAAAGACCCAUCUCUUCAGCCAAGGAGGAAUGGUACGGACCGCGAGCCAAUCCUACAAGGUACAUCGGCCUCGGCUUCAUCAUCCAAGACUCCGUGUCUGCUUAAACGGACCAACGCUAUUAUGAAAAGUGUCCAGAUCUCUGUGACGAGGGAGAGUAUUGAGCUGGAUGAAAGGGGGGGAGGAGCUGUGAAGUCAACAACCGAUGUAUGAUUCUUUCUGGCCGUGGAUCCGGACUUUUGGUGCGCAGGUUGACCGCUAAGGUAAGUGCCAUGCUAUAGCGUCCAGCCUUAGGCCGCAGGUUCGCCCGUUUCGUCUAAACUCAAAAUGGACUUUGAAAUCCAGGCAUAUAAA